UUACUUUGCGAACCACCCUCGCACUCAAGUAUAACAUUCUGAGCAAGAACAGCUGAUCGCAGACCGGGUAGCGGAUACGUGUAAAAUAAACGCACAAUAGUUUUUAAUUGCAAAAGUAGUUUUAAACACAUCAAGGGUUUAAAUAUGUAUCAAAAUCUGGAGGAGCACAACCGGUUGGUUAACAAAUACCUGAAGAUUUUCUUCGUGGUGGCUCUGUACUGGGUAACUUCAAUUUUGACGGUUUUCGUGAAUAAACACCUGUUGAGCAGUGAUACCGUCAACUUGGGCGCUCCGCUGUUCAUGUCCUGGUUCCAAUGCGUGGUAUCUACAGUCAUCUGCUUCGUUAUGAGUCGCCUGAGCCGGAAGUAUCCUUCGGUGUUCACGUUCCCUGAAGGCAAUCCCUUGGAUAUAGAUACUUUUAGAAAGAUCCUACCGCUUUCGGGUCUAUAUACCCUUAUGAUUGGAGCCAACAACCUGUCACUGUCCUACGUCACAGUCGCUUUCUAUUAUAUUGGUCGCUCCCUCACCACGGUGUUUAGUGUAGUGCUGACCUAUGUGAUUCUCCGGCAACGCACCAGCUUCAAGUGCCUGCUGUGCUGCGCCGCCAUUGUAGUUGGAUUCUGGCUGGGCGUAGACCAGGAGAGCUUAACCGAAGUUUUCUCCUGGCGAGGAACCAUAUUCGGUGUCCUGAGCUCUCUAGCAUUGGCCAUGUUCUCCAUACAAACCAAGAAGUCUUUGGGCCAUGUCAACCAGGAGGUUUGGCUGCUCAGUUACUAUAAUAAUUUGUACUCCACCCUGCUCUUCCUGCCACUGAUCAUCAUCAACGGGGAGCUGGAGACCAUUAUCACUUAUCCCCACCUCUUUGCCUCAUGGUUUUGGGCAGCAAUGACCCUUAGUGGAAUUUGUGGCUUCGCGAUCGGAUUUGUCACAGCGCUAGAAAUUAAGGUUACCUCCCCGCUGACACACAACAUCUCCGGUACCGCCAAGGCAUGCGCUCAGACGGUUAUAGCUACUCAGUACUACCAUGACGUGCGCUCGGCUCUCUGGUGGACCUCCAACGUGGUGGUCCUGGUGGCGAGCGCCGCUUAUACACGAGUCAAGCAGCUGGAGAUGCUGCGCCAGCACCAGCAGCGCAACGCAUCCACUCAAAAGGCCUGAAAGCAAUAGAGCCGCCAAAGUAUUUUAGACUGUUUAGAAUUCUAGGAGAUGUAAGUUUAAAGUAUGCACAAACGAUCCAUCAACAAUACAAAUACAUGGGCAUGUAUGUUAACUAA